AUGACCGAGGCUGCCCCUGCCCAGGCAGCGGCACCCACAACCAACGCGCCCGCGACACCGGCCAACGGCGCAACCACAGGGGCCCCGAAUGCGCCGACAGACCAAAAUGCCAAUAGUCGCGGACUUCCAUACUAUGAGAAACUGCGUCGAGAUCUCCGGGAUACAAUCAGCAAGAAGCGCUUGAUGGAUAAGAGCAUGUCCCAACUCGAAGACCAAAUCUUCCGUUUCGAGCAAUCAUACUUAGAAGAAACCACAGCCGGGAAUAUCAUCAAAGGAUUCGACAAUUAUAUCAAAGGCUCUGCAAGUGGUUCCAGUCUCGGGGCAUCAGGUCUGAGUCUAGGAUCCGGCGCAGGUGGACGUCGCAAAGCACAAGUCACAGAGUCCGACCGGGUUUUCUCCCGGAGCUCGGCCAGUUACAUGGUGGACUCACCCGGCCCAUCAUCUGUCCAAACAACCCCCUCGCACGCCGCAACCCCAACGUCCACACCCGGUCCCAAUGCACCCUCCAAUAAGAGUAACGGGGACACUGCCUCUGCGUCAGGCGUGAAGAACGUCAGCAGCGGCUCGUCGAAGAAUAAGAAGAAAUCCUCCGGAGGUUCGAAGAAUACGAAGGGGAAGAAUCAGACCGAGGAGUCUGACGAGGAUAAGCCCGCGAAACGGUUGAAGGUUAGCUAUGGGCGGGAUUAG